AUGAAUUAUAACUUGAUUCAACUUUGCAAACAAAUAGCUGGUCUUACUCGUUCAUAUGACCAACAUCAGAAAACGUUGAAUUUGAUUUUAAAUAAUCAAAAGAAAAUAGCCAAAGCUAUACGAAAUCACAAAAUUCCAAUUGUAUUAAUUGAUGAGACAGGACAUGAACCACCAGCAUCUACUAUUGAUUCGAGCACUAUCAGUUGCAAGUCCACUACGGGCGAAAAAAUUGAACUGCUUCAAAUUCCAGCAGACAGAACGAAUCCAAAUAAAUUUGUAUUAAAAGCUGUAGAUCGAAUAUUCAAAGAAGGAAAAGAACUUAUUGAUCUUGAUCCACGUUCCAUCGAUACAGAUGAUCGAAUUAAAACUAUUCGAGAUGCUGUCCAAGUAAAAUUUAGUUUAACAAAGGAUGAACUGGCAACAGUUUGGAUGCCGAUGCUAGAAUGCAUCAAGUCUAAGCGAAGAAAUUCAAAAGCUAAACUACGAAAUACUACUACAUCAAAUAGUUUCUUUCUCGGAAAAUUCUAA